AUGAAAAGCUUGAAGAGCCUUCUCUAUCUAGCUCUAGGUAUUACUUGCCUGUUGGCAUUUGUACUUGUGGAUGUUCAUGCAUUAAGCAAAGUGAUUAAAGCUAAACCACUCAAGGUUGUUCAAAGACAAGUAGCUCAAUUGACCUACAAGAAAUGCGAAGCUUUGGGCGAUCCUCAUAUGUUGAGCUUUGAUAGUAAAAGAUUUGACUUUAUGGGACUUGGUGAUUAUAUCCUUGCUCAAAGUAAUGAUGAUGAAUUCAUUGUACAUAUAAGAACUUCAAAGUGGGCAGCUGCCUCUGUCAAUUCCAAUGUUGCUGUAAAAUUGGGUUCUAAGGUCUUUGAAUAUGAUGUCAAUGCUGAUGUUUUCUAUAUUGAUGGUGUUCAAGCUCCUCUUGCUGUUGGUGAAACCAAAAAGAUUGGUUCUGGUUCUGUCAAUAGAGUCAAUGCCCAAACUGCUAUUGCUACUGCAUCCAAUGGUGCCAAGUUGACAAUGUCUUGGUAUCGUAAUCAAGCUUGGCAAGCACAAUUGGGUUCUGUUGGAUACAUUUCAGUUGUUGUUGAUGCUCCUCAACCUCUUUCAUUCACUUCUGGUUUGUGUCUCAAUGUUAAUGAAUCUAAAAAGACUGCCACUGGUAUUCUCCACAAUCAUUUACAAAGAAAACUCACUCGUACUGUCAAACUCAAGAAAGAAACUCCAAAGAGAAAGGAAGCAGCCAAGAAGGUUUGUAAGAAGGCUGGUUUGAAUGAAAAGAAGCAUCCAGUUGCUUGGAAUGCUUGUGUCAAGGAUACUAUUCAAUCUGGAGAAAAGAUUGGUGCUCAAAUUGGUAAAACAAUCAAGAAGGUCCAAUCUGCUGAAAAGAAGGAAUUGAAAAAGACAAUCAAGAAGAAGGGUAAGAAGGCAAUCAAGAAGGUCAAGUCUAUCAUCAAGCAGGAAGAAAACAAGACCAAGAAACUCAAGAAGGCUGCAAAGAAGGCAUUCAAGAAGGCAAGAAAGGUCAAAGCUAAAUGUGCCAGAAAAGCUUUCAAGAAGGUCAAAAAGAUGGCCAAGAGGGUAAGAAAGUCUGAAAAGAAGGUCAGAAAGGAAAAGAGACUCUUGAGAAAGAUUCAAAGAAAGCUCAAGAAGGGUUCUUUCAGAAAGGGUGGCAAAUCAUCUUCAAAGAAGGGUGGCAAAAAGAGAAGAACUCCAAAGUGUGUCAGAAAGCUCAGACGUUACCAAAGAAAGGCCAAGAGAGCAAUCAAGAAGGCAAAGAAAGCAUUCAAAGCAACCAAGUCUGGAUCCAAGUCUUCAAGAAGAAGAGCCAGAAAAGCAAAGAGAGCAGCCAGACGUGCCAUCAGAAAGCUCAAGAAGCAAGCCAAAAAGGUGUACAAGCACUUGAAGAAGGUAAUCAAGAAGGCCAAGAAGAACAACAAAUCCAAGAGGGUUAAAUUCUUGAAGAAGUUCUUGAAGAGAGUAAAGAAGAUUGCCCAAUUCAAGAGAUCCAAAUCUGAGAAGAAGAUUGACCGUAUGGCUCGUCGUGUUUUUAGACAAGCUCGUAGACUUGCCAGAAGAGCAAAGAAAGCAACCGAGAAGGCUAAAAUCUUCAAAUCCAAAAAGUCUCAAAAGAAGGCUAAGGAAGCCAAUAAGAAGGCCAAGAAGGCAUUCAAGAAGAUUAAAAAGCAAUAA